GGGGAACAUCGCAAUCAGCCUAUCUUAUCCCGCUGGCGAUUAACUUCAAUCAAUUCCCUUCCGUACCCCCAUCCCCAGACUCGUGUGCCUCCGUACCCAUUCUGAUCGCGAUCGGAUAUCGCCCAUCCCUUCCUUCGCUACUAAGAAUAACCCCAUUCCACGUAACGCCGCUGCUGCGCUGCCCCGUGGCUUGGGCUGUCAUCGCCAUCCUUGCUCCCACGUCAUCUGGUGCAACCAUCCUCUCUCGUUCUCCCGUGUCUUCCGGUCAACCUCGCAGCACCUUCGCAUCGACGGUCGCUUCUCCCAUACGCCUCUCAGCCCAGGUCUUUGGCAUGUGAUAUGCCGAUCGGGCACUUACACCGACUAUUCUAUUAAUGUUCAUGAUCGGGUUGACACGCUCAGACUAGUCAGCAAUGGCACGCCAGUUCCAGCCUUACGAGCCGGAGCUUCACAAACUCUCCUCAACCACCUCCGAUAGCCCGAGCUCUCCUUAUCCACGCGGCGGCACCCCGCUAUCCUUUAAGCCGAAUGUGAACCGGGCCAAAACGAAACGUUGGGUUGAGGCCAAAAAGUACUCAUACGAUGGGAAUGAUUGGGGGGACGAUGAGUACGGCGAGUAUGACGAUGAGGAUGAGACUCCGCCUGUCCCGCAGCCUCCCAGCAUGAACCAAAGCACCGGAGAUAUCCCUAGCAUGUUCACGAGAGACGUGUCUCGUCCACCCCUACCUUCAGUAGAUCGGUCCAGAUCCAUGGAUCAGGUGGCAACACUGGACGCAGCUGGUGCUGGAGCGCAUCGUAGCCUCUCUGCAGACCGCAUGGCGGCCGCUCCUAACAACAACCGGACUGUCCCAAUUGUACGGCCGGCCGAGAUCUACAAGCGGAUGAGGGCAGAGAGUGCUGCAAGACAACAGGCAUCUGAGGCCGGAUAUUUUGUUGACAACCCGUCGGGUGCGGCGCCACCUGGAGCGCCAGUGUCUCAGGAUACUGCGUCGACCUCUCACGAACAACAGGGAGCGGCAUCUCCCGGCGAUCACAUACUCCACCCGGCCCAGGACAGUACUGAGAGGCCGUCAGAUGCUGGAAGCACGCCCCACGGCUCCCACUCUGCUGACGCAUCUACAAAUGAGCCUCCCAUCAUCCAGCUGCCAGAUAUGAAACGUCUUUCUGGAUUUAAUCCUGACCUCUCACUCGGACCCCAUUCCCACGCCCAGCUAGAUCAGGAGUCGGAGGGUCAGGAACAUAAACUACAGCACAAUCCUUCCUUGGGAUUCCGGUCGGUUGUUCACCAGGCGUUCGAUGUGCCUGAGACCCCGAGCACCACGGUGGACAGUAUUGCUCGGUCUAACAGCGAUAGCACCUCGGUGAUUAGCCCAAUUAUACCCCAGCACAACCCGAGCGAGACCAAGACUCCUACGAUUGUAGAAGAACCCGAAACCAUCUCGACACCCAAAGAAGAACCGGGAAACAUGGUGUUCAAGCCUGGCCACCGUCGAGAUUUGAGCCUUCCUAGCCCGAACAAUAGCCCGUCUAGAACACCGGUUAUCGCUAGCGUCGAAGGAACUGCGCCGUCUGCGGUAGGGGAAAUGUCGUCGAACACGCCAGACUCACCCCAAAACAUCAUCGCAAGCCCGCAGAAAGCAACAGUGCAACUACCACAGCAUGACGAGGGUCUGCCCGCACCGCUUAGCGUUGGUGGCAGCCAUCCUCCCCCUGAGCCUACGAUUACCACCGGGGAUGGUGUCCCGGUCAUCAUUCCAUCCUUCAGUACAGACAACUCGCCCCAGGACACAGAGAGCGACCGGCUGCGGAAGGAAAUCAUUCGUUCUUUGAGCCGGGAAAAUACCCCGUCGGAAGAUCCAGACCAUGAAGAGGAGCGCCGGCUGGACGCACCGCAGCAGGACAGCAGUCACAUGCUGGAUGAAUACGAGCGUUAUUGGACGAAGGAGGCCUUGCCCACUUCUCGCGAGGGUGACCAACCUCCUGACUACGACAGUCCCUCAGCUGCCCUGCAGGAUACGCCCGCACAGCCAACUCCUCUCAUUGCUACCCCAACAACUUCCGCUCCAGCCCCGAAGCCGAAGCUGACCAGACGAUUUUCAUGGGAAUCUUCGUCAUCUGGGGAGCCUGCUCCCGAGACGGGUGUACAAUCCCCGCCCGUGUCCAUGCCUGGGCAAUUCCCACCCACCGAGGACCGCGCCCAGCUGACAGAGAUAGCCCCCAAUCCUGAGCCCGUCGUUGAGGAACGUGAAGCCAAGGAGCCGCCGUCUACGGAGAAGCCGAAGCUAACUAUCGUGCCUCCCGUACCGGACGAUCGAAGCAUCAUCUCCGAUGGGCAAUAUCUUCCUGAAGUCUACAAUGCAGAAGUCAUUCCCGACUCUCAUGCAGACGAGGGUCCCCAGACAGGCUCCGACCGGCGGUCGUCGCGAGUCAUGUUUACGACCCCAGCGACCGUCGAGCCGACACUGCUUGGUUUCCGGGAAAUCUUGGCGAUGAAGACGUCGGAGGAACGCGUUCGGGCUUUCAACGACACCCGAGCGAAGUUUGGGACCAUUGAUACGGGUCUUAACCAAUGGAUUUCUGUCACAGUGCAGACACACCCCGAACACAAUGAUGUGGUUGAGAAGAGCACGAAAGUGACAAACACCGGUGCCAAGGCGCCCGUCUCUCGAGGCAAGUUCCCGAAAUUGGCGGCCCUUGGUAAGGCUGAUCUAUCUCCAUCCGGCUCGGGGCACGCGCGACGGCCCUCAGCGCCAUUGGGGGCAAUGAUGAACAAACAGCAAGUAGAGCAACGCGGCAAAGAGUUGCUGCAUACGGCAGGAGUUUUGGGAGGGCGCGCAGGCGAGGCCGCCAAGGGGUUCUUUGCUCGCAGUCGGAAUCUCAGUGCCUCAGAAUGUGACAUGAAUGAUGUCUUCACUCCUCCUUUUCGGGGAUUUCAGUCCUCGCGCGGCUAUCGUCGACCGGUGCCCCUGUCGGAGCUCCAGCAAGCAGCCGACCUGGAUCCUGCAGGAACAAGGCCCAGCCACCAGCGCCAUAGCGUCCACUUUGGAAGUCUCCCGGUCGCCGGCGCUUCUCGACCGGCCGGACAUCAUCGGCUGAGCUGGGGGGUGAAGCGGAAGGAAGUACCCGGUUCUGAUAGCAACGCAGUAGCCAUUGGCGAGGAUCGCCGUAGGGCAUCCAUUCACUUGGGAGCUGUAGCCCGGGAGUCUUUCCCGUCUCGCAAACCGGCACCCGCCAGUGAUCCUCGAAAGAGCAUCGCUAACGAUGCGCACGAACAGCAACAGGAGAGACUCGAUGACAGCGGGACUAGCCGGAUCCAACUAGCCCUCAAUGACGCGCCACUGGCGACCCCUGGUCAGCCCGGUCAGGCCGGACAAAGCGUCUCGGACCAAUUGGAUGGCGUCAGCGACAGCGACCAAGCCGGUGUUGGAGGCGAUGCUGCGCUGCCCCCUGCAGCCUUUGUUCAACCUCGGCGGGGGUCAGUCCAACCAUCAAUCUCGUCAUUGGGCACUCAGGAUGCGGUUGCUGAUCCUCCCUUCGCCCUGGCGCUUAACGGUGAGUGCCUCGCUCACCCGGGAAGUGAAUCGGCUGAACUUACGGCUGUCGCCCUCGCAGCGCCUCUUGCCUCGUCCAGUCUCUCUCUGCCCUCCAUCGUCGGCCACCACCCCGACACGGAGAUGGAUGCGACCGGCAAUGAUCGGUCUUUGCUGCGUCCGCUCAACGGUCGUCAUCCACCUUCGGGUCACUUGCGAGUAAGCAGCAUGUCGUCGCUGAGACCGAGCCGACCGUCGAGUCGGAAUGCGACCUCAGGAGCGAAUUUCCGAUCGCAGGAUUCCACCCCGCACGCGCGCCUGGCCGCACUGAAGAUGAAGUACGGCGACAAAAUCCGGGACAUUCGUCGCAUCUCCCUGGGUCCCAGCAGCCCAUCGUCGGACCAGAAGCUGCCGCUUCUGGAUCGGUUGACAGGCCUCUUCCGCACCAACCUUCGUCCCCACCGACCCAAAUCAAGGCAAUCCAACCAAGCUUCCAGACCUGAAACCCCCAUCCAGCGCUCCACGACGGCCUCCCCAUCGCGUCCAAUAAACCACACAUCCAGCCAUACCCGCUUCUAUUCCCUCGAUCACGCCCUCCCCAAUGCCAGCGACAGUCUUUCCCAUCUGCCGCCGAGUCUUCCCCGCAUCCCCACCCCAGAUUCCUUCCGCCAGGCCCAGAACCAAGCUAUCUUCGUCCCGCACGCUUCCACCCCUACUCUUCCUAAUACUUCAUCAAUCUCAGAUGACUACCUCUAUAGCAACAAAACUGUAUAUGAACCAAGUCACACUACCACUAAUGGUUCUCCAGAGCGCGGUCGAACCACCUCCCGCACGUACGUGCAGGAACUGCACCUCCGAUCUCGCAGUCCCAAGGAAAGCGCGCCCCGACCGGAGGAGACGACUCUACCAAAUACUGAUGCGACUGACCCGGCGAUUGAGCUGGGGCGGUUCGCACGCAACCCGCGGACCAGUCGAGUGGGCGAUCAAGAGUUGCCGUGGAAGUUGAGUCUGCCCGGACUGGGUGGUGAUCCUGACGAGCAUGAUGAGAAUGAGGUGACGGUCGAAGAGAGAGACAGAGCACGGAGGGAGGCCAGCAAUGUACUCGGAUCUGCCAUCGCUGCCACUACCAUCGAUCAACCUCACACGCGGAACCCAGAGCCAACACGAGAGACCUCAUUCGGAGUUUCACCCUCUCCCCUAUCCACAAUUCCAGAAUCAGUCGCAUCUCCUUCAAUCGUGUCCCCAUCCGAGCUUCCACCUCACGACAACUCGUCUACGACAGCGCAAGUCUCAUUCUCCGACGCUCAGUCACGCGUCUCUCCGUCCCCGUCCCCUACACUAAACCCGGAUACAGAGGUAAAGACCGCAAGCUUAUGCCGAGAACACCAAUGCAUCAAUACUCCUCCAACAGCAGACUCCAAUCCCACCCUCACCACAAAAGAAACAGAAUCCGGAACCAGCACAAUAUCCAUUGGCCCCACACCCAGAACACAGACAAACUCAAAUCUAAACAGCCAUCCCCACCGCCCCGCCCCACCCCGAGCCCUUGUCUCCACUCCCGUUGAACUCCCUGUCCCCUCGGCAGACGGGGGAGAUGAUCACGAUAAUGCCAGUGAUGCUUCCAGCGAACCAGAAAUUGUCAUGUCAAGUACGGCAUAUCCGGGACAGGAAUGGAGGCCGGUCGGAUACAUGGGAUAUGAAUCGGGGAUAUAAUUUGCGCUGUAGUAACUGAUCUUAUGUAUUCAUUGCUGUGCUUUGUGUUUCAUCAUUAUGCUUUUGGUUUGAUUUGUAUAAGUGCAAAUACAGCUGCGAGGGGAUCAUGCUAUUAGUGGUGAGUGAUUGUGAUAUUGAUGGAGAUACCCACGCUAUGCUAUGCUUGCUUUUCUUC